CUGCGCGGCGUCAGCGCGCCCAUCCAAGGCGCCGCGUGGGCCAUCGGCUGACUGGUCGUUCUUCGUUGAUCGCAGUCGUCCUCAUCAUACAAGUUUUAUAUGAAGCGAGCGUAUAUUCGAGACUCAUCCAUCCGGACCCUGUAGCUUGACAAGGUACCGCGACGAUGGAGUCGUGGCUCGUCUCGCGUCUCGCAGACGUGUCCGACGCGUCUGGCGCGCCCAAACUCGAGCAGUUGCUCCUAAUCCCGCUCGCCUUCGGCGCGCUGUCUUUGCCGCAUCUCACGCUGCUCGCCCUCCUCAGAUUGCACUCGCGUUCGAAAGAGAGCGGCGGCGCCGCGUCGACGUCGGAUGACCCCGCGUCCGAAGAUCCUGCCUCCGAAGAGGGCGUCGGUAAAGUCGCUGAAUCUGGAGGAUGGUUUGGGAUAGCACUCCGAGCGCUCAGGCUGGUCGGCACCCUCGCGUUCACCGGCCUCUCGCUCGCCCAGGUGUUCGCGGUCGCUGCACGCACAUUGAACCGCGCCCCAAUCCUGGCGACUGUCAUAUACGCAUACGCGUCUUUGCUGGCCGCUCUCUCGCUCUUCGCGUCGCGGAGAUGGCAGAGGGUCAGCGAUGCUCAUCUCGGCGCGAUAUUGUUCGCCGUCGUUUGCGUAUAUACGUACGUCGACUUGCGCCCGUUGGCCGUCAUCGGCGAACUCCCAUCGAGGAAGUCUGUCAUUGUGGGAAACGCUAUCCACCUAGCGUCCCUUCUCGUGAUCGGAGUCGUGGUACCGCUCGCGAUCCCUGGUCCUCAAUCUUCCAACAUCGUCGAGAGCGCCUCUCUGGGCUCCUACUUGACCUGGAGUUACUUCACGCCCAUCAUCUGGUACGCCGCGCGGCACGACCACCUCCCGCCGGAGAAACUGCCCCCGCUCUCUCCCGACGACGAAGUCAACCACCUCGUGCAGAAAGACUUCCCCAAGAUCGACCCGGUCCUACUCAAACGGAAGCGACACGUCAUAUGGAGCCUGCUCGACAUUUUUAAAUGGGACUACGCGCUCGUCACACUCAUGGUGCUCCUCGAGGCCGGCUCCACCUUCUUCGUUCCCAUCGGUAUCAAUCAGAUCCUUAAGCAUCUGGAGGAUCCGACGGCGUCGAGGGUCCGGCCCUGGGUGUGGGUGAUCUGGAUGGGCGCGACGCCGAUGGUCUGGGUGAUGCUCGCGGAGUGGUACGUGUUCGUAUCGACGAAGAUGACCGUGCGCGCGGAGGCAAUCGUGACCCAGCUCGUGUUCGUGCAUGCUCUGAGGAUCCGGCUGAAGGGCGAGGAAGAUGCCGAGAAGAAGGAGGGCGACGGUGCGAAGGAUAAAGGCAAGGGAAAGGACGCAGCUGCAGCGCCCGCAUCUGCCGAGGCCUCCACUUCGGGUGGUGAAUCCGCGACGGAGACGGAGACGGAGACGGGGACUGAGACGGAGAGUACGACCGUGGCUGAAUCGGAUACGGAGCGCAGCCCGAGUCCUACGGCCUCCACCGCGACCGCUACACCGUCCGAGGCGGACUUGUCCAAAGACAAGAAGGAUGGGGCAAAGAGCGACGAGAAGAAGAGUGCGAAACAGAUCGUCGGGAAGAUCAACAAUCUCGUCACCUCCGACCUGAGCUCGCUCUCGCAAGCAAGGGACUGGCCAUAUCUCAUCGAGGCGGUCGUCGCGACCUUCGGUUCUGUGUUCUUCCUCUACAAUCUGCUGGGAUGGAGUGCUUUCGUCGGUAUCGCCGUCAUCGUCGCCGGUUUGCCCAUCCCUACCUGGAUUUCCAAGCUUACUCUGGCAUCCGGUAAGAAGAAGAUGGAGGCGUCUGAUAAGCGCGUCCAGGGCGUGAACCAGUUCAUGGGCGUCGUGCGCAUGAUCAAGCUCUUCGCAUGGGAGAACCGGUCGCUCGAAAAAUUGGAGAAGCUGAGGGAUGAGGAACUCGUAUGGGUCCAGUGGAGCGCGACGUUGUUCCUGUUGACAAACACCGUGACCCAGAUCUUGCCUUUGCUGAACAUCCUCGCGACGUUCGGCGUAUACACCCUAAUAAUGAAACAAGAGCUCACCGCGUCGCGCAUAUUCACAUCUAUCUCGGUUUUCAACAUCAUGAAAGGACAAAUACAAAGCCUCACCUUCAUGCUUCCCAUGAUAAUAUCCGCCAAGGUAUCUUUGGAUCGGAUUAGCGAGUUCCUCAACGACUCGGAGCUCAUUGAUCCGACGGCCGAGUCGAACGUGACUAAUGAGCUUUAUGAGCAAGCGUUGGCGAACCGCGACGAGGACGACAGGAUAGGCUUCUCGGACGCGACUUUCACUUGGGAAACACGCGGACCCGGCGCGGAGCCGCGGGUAGCGGACCCGAAGAAGCGCGACUUCCGCUUGCGCAUCGAAGGCGAGUUGCUGUUCGAAAAAGACGCGAUCAACUUGGUCAUUGGGCCGACGGGCUCCGGGAAAACGAGCGUUUUGCUCGCUCUACUUGGUGAGAUGUAUUACCACCCGAACAACGAACAGUCAUGGUACAACCUUCCUCGGGGAGGCGGUGUUGCGUACGCUGCUCAAGAGACGUGGGUGCUGAACGAGACCAUCCGGGAAAACAUCGUGUUUGGUUCGCCGUUUGACGAAGAGCGCUACCAGAAAGUUCUCGAGCAAUGUGCGCUCGUACAGGACUUGAAUAUGUUUGCUGCGGGAGAUAAGACAGAAGUUGGUGAAAAGGGACUGACUCUGAGUGGUGGACAGAAAGCACGGGUCACCCUCGCUCGGGCAAUAUACUCGAAAGCAGAAGUGGUGCUUCUGGACGACGUCCUCGCAGCUCUCGACGUCCACACGGCAAGGCAUGUUGUUGAGAAAUGUCUGAAGGGCGAAUUGCUCCGGGAUCGGACUGUGCUUCUUGUUACGCACAACCUAGCACUUGCACGCUCGAUCGCUAGGAAGGUCAUCCGCGUGGACGGACAGGGCCGCGUCACGGCCGAAGCGUCUCUGGCGCAAGCGAUCGAGCACGACACAGCCUUGCGAGUCGAAUUCACCAAGGAAGAGAAACUCGUGGAGAAAUCCGAAGCCGUCGCGGAAGCGGAAGGAACCGAAGAGGACAAGGACAAGAAGGACGACAGUCCCGCCGGAAAGCUGAUCAUGGCGGAGGAAAUUGCGCACGGCAACGUUAGCAUGGCGGCCUUCAUGCUGUACCUGCGUAACCUCGGGGGUCCAUCGUUCUGGAUCUCGCGUGCCAUCCUUCUGGUUUUCAGCUCGCUGUUGAAGUUGUACCUGCCCUAUUACCUGGGCCUGUGGUCCAAUCAAUAUGAACAUCACAACGCUUCCGAGGUGCCAGCAGCCAAAUACCUCAUUGGCUACGCUCUUCUUGCGCUAGUGGAAACUGGAGCUGGACUUGUGGCGGCUAUUUUCUGGCUUCGUGCAGCGAUACGAGCGUCCAAGAUUAUACACCGGCUAUUGAUUACUUCCAUCUUCAGCUCAACCUUCCGGUGGUUGGAUACUGUUCCGGUUGCACGAGUGAUUGCGCGCUGUACGCAGGAUCUCCAAACCGUCGACAAUGCCCUACGGCAAAUAUAUGCUGUCGAACAAGUGAUGAUUGUGAACGCCAUCUUCAGGAUCUUCUCCAUCAUGUAUGUAGUGGGGUGGAGCGCGUGUGUUGCGGGCUUUUCUAUAUUCACGGUCUCGCUUGGGAUCGGACGAUUUUAUAUCCAGGCGCAGAGGUCGGUCAAGCGCGAACACAGCGUUGCCAAAGCGCCGAUCCUUAGCUUAUUCGGUGCUGGCAUAGCCGGUCUCACCUCUAUCAGAGCGUACGGUGCUCAGCGGCAUUUCAGCAAGCAACUGAGCGCAAGGAUAAACCGGUACACUAUGCUCAACCGCAACUUUGCGGACAUGGACAGGUGGAUGGGCGUUCGUAUGGACGGUCUCAGCAAUAUAUUCUGCGCAGCUGUGGCUUUUGCAGUCGUAUACGGACGUCUUAUCGGGGCAGGGAACGCAGGCUAUGCGCUAUCGCAAGUGCUUGGAUUUGCUGGCGAAAUCUUCGUCAUUGUGCGCAUGGCCAACAAUGCCGAGUUGGCAUCUAACUGUUUGGAGCGCAUACUCGAUUUCCUGAACAUUGAACACGAACCGACGCCAACGAAAGAAGGAAUUCCGCCUGCAUAUUGGCCAGCCAGCGGUGCUCUUCACGCCGAGAAACUGAGUGCCCGGUAUGCCGUAGAUUCUCCCGAGGUUUUACGUGAGGUCACUUUCGACAUCAAGUCCGGCGAGCGCGUCGGCGUGGUAGGAAGAACCGGGGCCGGAAAAUCGACCAUCACGCUCGCGUUGCUGCGUGGCAUACUUACAGGCGGGCAGGUGCUGUAUGAUGGCAUUGAUAUCCACAAUAUCAACCUCGAUGCUCUUCGGGCCAAUAUAACACUCAUCCCGCAACACCCGGACCUUCUCUCCGGCAGCCUACGCGACAAUCUUGACCCGUUCGGAGAGCACGAUGACGCUACGUUGAAUGACGCUCUCCGGUCUGCAGGGCUGUUCCGGCUGCAGAAGGAAGGAGACCCGGCGGCCAUCACGUUAGAUAGCGAAGUCGAGUCCGGGGGUUCGAACUUCUCGCAUGGCCAACGCCAGAUCAUUGCACUUGCCCGAGCGUACGUCCGCAAGAGCAAGCUGAUGAUCAUGGACGAAGCCACGGCUGCUAUCGACUAUGAGACGGACGCUGCAAUUCAGGAGUCCAUCCGCACUAACUUGGGCAGUGAUAUAACCAUCAUUACUAUCGCCCACCGUCUGCAGACGAUCAUGGACUCGGACAAAAUUAUGGUCCUGGACUCGGGCCGGUUGGUAGAGUUCGGUACCCCUAAAGAGCUUCUCUCUCAAAAGAAGGGGCUGUUCUUCGAGCUCGUGGAAAGGUCCCACGACAAGGAAGUGCUAUACGGAAUGGUUAAGGCUUGAUCUCGUUUUUCUUUGUCUCCAUCGCUUCGACGUCUGAUGUAACAUGCUCGUGUUUCCUGCGAUCGGAUUGCUUGACUGAACGGACUGAACCGGGGUUUGUUUUACUGGAUGGGAUAGAAUACAAUAGACGUAUGGUACUAUCGGAAUCAAAAACCCUUGAACAUGUUAACGCUUGGACGUGCCCGCCCGAAGACAUGUGUCGGCCAUUGAGACCAGUCUUGGUCAAACAGCAGGACGUCUUCGCACUCGCUCCCGAGCCCAGUAUUGUUCAGAUAUCCGGGUUCCCAGUAGAAGAGGCCUUUUCCCAAGCCAUUGGGUAUGCUCUCCACAACGUGCAGUAUGUCUCGAGUCCACGCG